AUGAGGAUUUUCAUAGCUUUUGAGGGAUCUUUUGAACCAUUUGAUGUUUCAGCAGAUGAAACUGUGGAGGCUGUCAAGCUGAUGAUAAAGAAUUAUUUCCACAUUCCUCUCUCUGAAGAUGAACAAGGCAGGAGGUAUCUGGAGCUGAUGUACGCUGGAGCAGCCCUAAAGGACAGCUGGAGUCUUACUGAUGUUGGAAUAUCUUUUUGUUCAACUCUCAAAUGCUUUGUUAAGGAAGAAGAAAAGCCCACUCUCUGCCUGUUCAGUGCUGUGACCCAAGAGACAAUGCCCAUAAUGGAGAGCAUUUCCCUUCUUGGUAAAAAAGUGUCUGAUCUGAGAACACUGAUAGCUCUGAGAUGUGGAUUCCCUGUGAGUGUCUUCUGUCUUCGGACCCCAGAGGGACUGGAGAUGUACGACUGCAACACGCUCAGGGACUACCAGACAGACCUCGGCACGACACUUCGCUUGGAUGUCUGGGAUGGAUGGAAGGAAUUUCUGAUGGGCUGUCUGCUCGGACAAAAACUUAAAGUCCAACGCUAUUUAUCAAAUGAAGGACCAGUACUCAAGUAUCAGAAAAGGGUUGCCCUGUACAUCGCCGCCUUUUACAGGCACACUGAGCUCACUGAAUGGGCCCUGAAGCAGGGUGUGCGGCCCCACGAGAUGGUCGGCGUGCACCCCUACCGAGCUUGGUGCCAUGAAGCCCUUCACGCAGAUGUCUCUAAAUGCCCCAUUCAUGCAGCCGCAGAAGUGGGCCAACUGUUGAUUCUGAAGGCUUUUGUCAACUGCAGCGUGCUGUGCCUGGAAUGCAAAAACGCAGCGGGACAGACUCCCCUUACCAUUGCGUUCAAACACAAGCAUGAAGACUGCGUAUUAUAUUUACUGAGUAAAAUGUGGUCCACUGUUUCUUUUCUGAAAAUCUCAGUACCCAUGAGGAUUUAUAUUAAAUUAAAACAAUGGGUACUCAGAGCUCAGAGUCACAACCUUAAUAAAAGCCAGCUUUGUGGAGCAAGGGUCUUUGGAGCAAAAGUUGGAGACGUUGUGAUGGUGGAUGGUUUCACCAAACCCAAAAUGACCUCCAAGAGCUGGCAUAAGGCUGAGAACAAGGACUCACAAGGCACUGUGGGCAAACUACCGCCUCUCAGGGAGCAAACUGUAAGCAGGAAACGUGUCAAUCCUGUGGCAACUUCACAGCAGGACACAAGAGAACAAACACUCAAAUUUCCUCCGCUGGUAGAUGCAAAUACGUUCUUUGAAUUACAAAAACAACAAAAUCGGAAAAAAAUUACUGCCACAGCUAGGAAAAAAGAAAAGCUCAUAAAAAAUACAUAUCUCCCCCAAGUCCCCCUCCCUCCAGUUUCAAGAGUGAGCUAUUCACACCCAUCUUUUUACUAUGCAACACCCAGUGCCAACUUUUUACUCAGAUCCUCCUUUGCAUCUUUCUCAGAGCACAGUGGAAGGACUCCAAGGGAGAAUGCCAUCUACUACUUAGCCGUGGCCAGUGCCUUUAAAGAGAAACGACGGCUUCAGCAGUUAGGAAUAGCAAGAGUCCUAGCGAAAAAGAGCAUUUCUAACCUGACUACCCAAGGAGGCCUGACAGCGUGUGAAAAUCCUCCGGAAAUUUUGCUUUGAAAAGUCAUGACAAUCCCAGUUUGGGUGAAGACCUGGUCAAAUAGAACUUCUAGUUCUAAUGCUAACAUUUCUAAUAACAGUUCUAAUGUUGGAAUUUCUAAUAACAGUUCUGACGCUACAUGACUAUCAACAGGUUAUUUAAUGUUUAACACCAUGUUUCCUUGGACUCCAUCACGCAAAGUGAAAAUUUA